UUCAACUUCUGACAAGUGCGGCAGCUUCGUUUAUUCACCUCGUACACAUGGAAUAAAGAGCACGAUGGAGAACCUGUGGGGGAAUAUCCUGUUCGCUGUUAUAGUGAUGAUUGACAGAGUAUGGCAGUCAGAGUCCUUCAACGUGGGCACGGCAGGUGCAAAGAUCUUCACUGGUCCAGCGACGGAGGAGUUUGGCUACACAGUCCUACAAACAACAAACCAUCAAGGCAAAUGGCUCCUGGUCGGCGCUCCGUGGAGCGGUUUCAGUCGAAACAGGAAGGGAGAUGUUUACAAGUGUCCAGUCACGGGGUCCAGAAACAGCUGUGACAAGCUCAAUCUUCAAGAUUCCAUCAGUAUUCCAGAUGUUAGAAAUGUCAACCAAAACAUGAGCCUGGGUUUCACUCUCAGCCGAAUGCCUACCGUCGAUGAUCUGAUGGUGUGUGGUCCUCUCUGGGGACAACUGUGUGGCUCUCAGAACUUCUACCCUGGAGUAUGUGCAAAAAUGAGCCCCCUCUUCCAGCCUCAACCUGCCUUCUCCCCUGCUGUCCAGACAUGCGGCGGGCCUAUGGAUAUCGUAAUUGUUCUGGACGGUUCCAACAGCAUUUAUCCUUGGGAGCCAAUGACCCUUUUCCUCAAGAAACUCAUACCCGCACUUGACAUUGGGCCAAAAAGCACACAGGUCAGUGUGAUUCAGUACGCCGUCGAUCCCAAGUUUGAAUUCAGACUGAACGACUUUAAAACCAAAGAGGAGAUGAUCGCUGCGGUGUCAGAAAUCACACAGAUGUAUGGCCAUUCUACCAACACUUUCCAUGCGAUCCAGUAUGCCAGCCAGUGGGGUUUCAAUCCAGUGAAUGGGGCUCGUACUGGUGCUGCCAAAGUAAUGGUGGUCGUCACUGAUGGAGAAUCUCAUGACGAGGCUUUCAGAGAUACAGUCAUUGAGGAAUGUGAAAAGAAAGGCAUCACCCGCUUUGGUAUCGCUGUCUUGGGUUAUUAUAUAAGAAACAACAUCGACACAGAAAAUCUCAUCAAAGAAAUCAAAUCCAUCGCCAGUUUGCCCACUGAGAGGUUCUUCUUCAAUGUGUCUGAAGAGGCAGCUCUGUCCACCAUUGCUGGAACACUGGGAGACCGCAUCUUCAACAUAGAAGGCACUGGAAAAGGGGGUGACAACUUUCAGAUGGAGAUGUCACAGGUUGGAUUCAGUGCGCACUACUCCAGCCAGCAGAAAGUGAUGAUGCUGGGAGCGGUGGGAGCCUAUGGUUGGAGUGGGACUGUCGUCCAUCAAAAAGGGUCCAAAGCAGACAUUAUCCCUUUCUCAGCCUUUGAGGAGACGCUUCAAGACAGAAACCACAGCUCACUGUUGGGUUACUCUGUCACCACACUGACUGAAGGCUCUACAGUGUACUUUGUGGCCGGUGCACCUCGCUCCAACCACUCUGGUCAAGUUAUCGUCUACACUGUCAACGCUCAGAAGAAAACUGCUGUAAUAGAUCAUGAAAGAGGGAAGCAGAUCGGCUCAUACUUUGGGAGCGUCCUGUGCUCCCUUGACGUGGACAAAGACGGGGUGACAGAACUCCUUCUGGUUGGUGCGCCAAUGUUCAUGAGUGAGCUGAACAGGGAACAAGGCAGGGUCUAUCUCUUCUCUGUCACCAAGGGUAUACUGAAUGAGCAGGGGUUCCUCAUUGGUCCACCUGCCACUGAAAAUGCACGUUUUGGGAUGGCUAUCUCUGCCAUUCCUGACCUGGACCUCGAUGGUUACAAUGACGUUGUGGUUGGUGCACCACUGGAGGACAAACAAAAAGGCGUCAUUUACAUUUACAAUGGAGAGAAGAAGACAUUAAACAAACAGUUCUCACAGAAAAUCCUCGGCUCCAAACUGGAUCAUCAGUUGCAGUAUUUUGGAAGGUCCCUCGAUAGCUUCACAGAUCUAAAUGAUGAUUCACUCCCAGACCUCUCUGUUGGUGCAUAUGGCAAAGUGGUGCAGCUCUGGUCCCGAGGUGUGGCAGUUGUUACAACUAAAGCAUCUUUCAACCCCAAUAAAAUCAACAUUUUCAACAAAGCCUGUAACAUUAAUGGACGCAAGCUUUCGUGUUUCAACACCAACCUUUGUUUCACUGCUGCAUUCAGGCCUAAGAGUCCUGUUGGACCCAUUGACAUAUCGUACACUUUGACUCUCGACGCUGACUUAGAAGCCUCACGAGUGACAUCAAGAGGAAUGUUCACAAAAAACAACGAACGCUUCCUCACGGAAACGGCAAAGGUGUCAUCUACACCUCUUUGUCGAGACUACCAGGUCUAUGUUCAGGAGACACCAGACUUUGUCAAUUCCCUCAGUCUGAAAGUGGAAAUCGAGCAGAAGAAUGCGGAUGUGAAUCCUGUCCUCGACAUGUUUGCUCCCAGUGCCUCGCAAUUCUUUAUCCCCUUCACUAAAGACUGUGGCUCUGAUGAGGUGUGCAUCAGUGACUUGGUGCUGAGUGUUAAGACGGACUCAAAAGCGUCCAGCUCGGCUCCCAUUCUGGUCAGCGCUAAUAACCGAGAGCUCUCUUUUCAAGUUGCUGUGAAGAAUAAAAAAGAGAACGCAUACAACACUCGGGUCGUGGCCACGUUCUCCAACAACCUCUACUACUCCUCCGUCUUUCCUCCUACGGACAAUGUCAAAUGCACCUCGACACAAGCAGAGACCGUCACAUGCCUGGUGGGAUACCCAGCGUUAAAAAAGAAUGAAGAGAUCAAAUUUCAGAUCAACUUUGAGUACAGUCUUGAGGAACUUCAAAAGCGAGCUGAGGUGAAAUUCGAGGCCAUGAGUGACGGUAAAGAGGAAAGACCUGCAGACAACAAAGUGGACAUAUCCAUUCCUGUUCAGUAUGAUGCAGGGAUCAUUUUAUCACGGCAGUCAAAUAUCAAUUUCUACGUGGCAAAUGCAACCACAGAUGUAGUAACGACGGUGGACUCUCUAGAAGACAUCGGCCCAGAGUUUAACUUCACAGUAAAGGUUUCAACAGGUCACUUUGUGGUCAGUCUCCUAUAUCUGAGUAUUGAUCUGCCGAUUACCACUAAAGGUGGAAAUCAGAUCUUCUACGUUACCAAAGUGGACACGCAAACAGGAGGUUCUGUCACCUGUGAUUCUCAGGGCCUGGUUGAUCCACUGAAGAUCGGGGUGAAAAGCCAAAAAGUGUCUUUCUCAGAGGAGAGCUUCAGAGGUUCAGACAAACUGGACUGCAAGAGUGCAACAUGCAAGAAUAUAAAAUGCAUCCUCAAAGACACUAAAGUUAAGAGUGACUACUUUGUGACAGUGAAAACACGGAUCUGGAGUGGCACGUUUAUUAGGGCCACCUAUCAGAGCGUCGAGCUGACAUCCAGUGUUGAUAUUGAAACCGCCAACCCGGAUCUUCUCAUUAUCGGCCUCAAACAGCUUCCUGUUGUGGUGACGAUCAGUAAACCAGGAGAGAAAGGGGAAGUUCCAGUUGGAGUGAUAGUUGGCAGCAUUAUUGGAGGUCUGGCGCUGUUGGCUCUGGCUGUUGUACUCCUGUGGAAGUUUGGGUUUUUCAAAAGAAAAUACAAGCAGCUUCAGCAGGCCGAUGAAGGACACACAAACGCUGACGAAGUGCUGUGAACUGAUGAGGAGACAACUCGCAGCCUCCUUGUCUGCACUGGAGUUUUUCCAUUGUGGAUCCAUGCUGGUACUUCUUACUGGUUCUUGUAAAGUGCAAUUGGACUGUAGCUCAAUCACUGUAAAUUAUGCAUUUUUAAUGAAAUGAAAGCUAUUAAGUUUGUGGAUCACUGGGAUUGGACUGUUUUUGCUUUGUGGGCUGUAUAUUGACUUUUCGCUGUUAUGCACUGACUUUGAGUAAAUGUUAAAUCUGUAUUUUCCCAACCAAUAGAACCAGAGAUAUUAUAUUAUUUUAUUUAAGGUAUUAUGUUGUUGUCUGAACCCUGUACAUAUCUCAUUUUUACUUUGCUAUUUGUUACGGCAAACUCUGGGCUGCACGGUGGACAAUAACAUACUGUCAUAAAAACUCAAUAAUCAUUUGACGAUUCACAUAUAUACUGUCCAGCUGUGGUACAAAACUGCAAUGAGAUCUACUGUCACCUUUGACACUCAGGACGUUUCUUGCAUUGCAACUAUCUCAAUAGUUUAAGUGCAAACAGAAAACUGUAUUUUUUUCUAAAAAGAGUAAAACAUGUGUUUGUACUGUAUAUAUUGUAGAGCAGAUUUCUUGUUGGGGUUUUUUCAUCUGAAAAGGUUUGGGAACAUGGAGUAGCUUAUUUUGUUAUUAUUGUUAUGGAAGAUAUUUGUGAUAUUCUUGACCAUUGUUGUAUUAUAAGUGAAUCAUUUUCAGAUUGUGAAUGAUUUUUUUGUCUAAUACAUUUCAGGAAAUACAAUAAAUCUCUCCUGGAA